UGAAAACUCAUUGAAUGCGGGAUAUUUUAGAGAAGUCAUAAAAUCUUUUUCAAGAAUGAGUAUUGAGGUUGAGAGAGUUGUUUUGGGAAAUGCUCCCGGAAAUGCCAAGUACAUUAGUCCAUCAAUUCAAAAGCAACUUCUAAAUAUUCUUGGUAAUAAAGUGAGAAACAAGAUACGUGAAGAAGUUGGAGAUUCCAAAUAUUGUAUUCUUGUUGAUGAAGCAGUAGAUAUAUCUAGUAAGGAACAAAUGGCCAUUAUUUUGAGGUUUGUUGAUUGUCAAGGUAUUAUUCGAGAACGAUUUUUUAAGAUUGUGAGUGUUCCUAACACUACCUCACAAACUCUUAAAGAUGAGAUUUCUAAAGUACUUACUAUGUACAAUCUUCAAGUGAGAAAUAUGCGUGGUCAAGGAUAUGAUGGUGCUAGCAAUAUGAGAGUUAAAGGGGUGCCGGAGAUUUGGCAAUUUUUUUCAAGUUUAAGUUUAAUUGUGAAUUUUGUUGAUUCUUCUGCUAAGCGUCAUUCUGCAUUAAAAGCUGUGAGAAAGGAAGAAAUUGCAGAUUUGGUAGCUUGUGGCCAACUUCAAACAGACAUUGCAGCGAAAAUCUCUUGACUUCGUACAUGCUAUGAAGUUUGUUGGACAUACAAAAUCAUUUCUUCAAGAGAUGAGAGAAGAAGGCUGGGAUGACUUGGUAAGAAAUGUUGAAACUUUUUGUGAGAAACAUGAUAUUGAUAUGCCUGAUAUGAAUGCUCGUUAUAAGGAUGGUACAGGUCGUCGUUGCCAACAAAGAGAUUUCAUUACAGUUGAGCAUCAUUACCAUAUAGAUGUCUUCAAUGCUUUAGUUGAUUUUCAGUUGAGUGAGUUGAAUAGAAGAUUCUCAGACCAAACAUCUGAACUUCUUAUACUUAGUUCAACCUUG